GAUUGACGUUUUGAUUUAUUUGCUAGUCAUUCAAACUGUGAUUGGCUUCAGUUCUGUGCUGUGAAUCGGACUGUUUUAAUUUAAUUUAAUUUAAUCUUUUGAAAAAUGGAUGCGGAUAACUGUGCCACGUCUGCGUGCCUCGGAGAUUGCAAAGCUGACAGAAAGACGGCCAUUAAGGACGAUGGCGACGAGCACUUGCGCAAGAUCUUUAUUGGGGGCCUAUCCACUCAGACGACUAUGGAUACGCUGCGCGAAUUCUUCAGUCAGUUCGGUAGCGUGGCCGACGCGGUGGUCAUGCGGGAUCCGGUGAGCAACCAUUCAAGGGGCUUCGGGUUCGUCACCUAUGUGGAUCCCAAAUCCAUCGAAAUUGUCCAAAGGGCCCGUCCCCACACUAUUGACAAUAAAGCUGUGGAGACCAAGCCCGCUCUGCCGCGCCACGAGUUCAACAGGGGUGGCGGCGUUGGUUCCAUUCUUGGAGGUUGUGGCGUUGGAGCCGGGUUCGUGAAAUCGAACAAGAUCUUCCUUGGCGGUCUGAAGGACUUCCACGAUGAGAAAACCGUACGCGAAUACUUUUCGCAGUUUGGCGCAGUCGCCACCGUGAAAUUGCUAAUGGACAAGGACACUGGGCGUAAACGAGGAUUUGGCUUUCUGGAGUUCGAGGAUCCAUCAAGUGCCGAGAAGGCAUUGGCCCAGGGCAAGCACUCGAUCCUUCAGACCUUGGUGGAGGUGAAGAGGUCCACCCAGAAGCCCGAUCCCGGCAAGCGUCUGCGGUUCCCCGUUUCCGGUUCGAUCCGAGCCGGCUACAUUCCGCCCCAGCCGCCCACCUUGGAUAGCUACAACUACAACUACAACAGAAAUGCCAACUUCGAUCCUUCAAUCCUGAACCAGUUUUUUCUGCCGCCAUCGGCAUUCACUCACGGCUGGGCCCACUAUGUGACUCCGGUGGCACCCAAGCCAACACCCGGACAGUACAUGACCCCGCCGCAGUCACAGCCGGUGAACCCGUUUGCCGGACACGCUCCGGAUAUGUGGUCCUCCUAUCCGAAGCCCGGCACCUACGCUGCCCAGGAGUGGACUCCCAGCAAAGUGGUUGAAUGGCCACCGAAGGCUGGGCACAAACAUGCCCAGACAUCGACCAGCGAUCGUCCCAAGCCCGACUUCAAGGUCGUCCAGACGACUCCGUUGGAUGACAAGCUGGAUCUUGGCGCCCGUGGCGAUGCGGAUGGCACAUCGGGUGUUGGCUUGGGACUGGGUUUGACUGGCGGUGCCGCCGUGGGAGUGGGAGCGAUCAAGAAGUGGCCCACCGAGGACUACAAGAUCUUCAAGCCCGCUCAAAAGCCCACCAACGGCGUGAUUCCAAAAAUCGCCAACGGGGCUUCCCCACCAGCCUACGGUGUCUAAGUGGCGUGCAAUGGAACGAAGUUGAACCCCAACUUACUGCUGAAGUUUAUUGGCAUUACUAAUUUGUUAGCGGUUCCGUUACAAGAUAAAUGAAUAAUAAAGCACACGCGAUUUUUUGAGACUUAAAA